AUGAGUGAUAAUUUAAAUAAUGAUGAAGAUAAAAAUUUAGAUGAUGGAUUAGAACCUAUGGAUACUUCUACAUGUAAAGAUAAUACCACAAAUAAUUUAGAAUCUUGUGAUAAAACUGAAAAUAAUGAAUCAAAUGAAGAUGAAAAAGAGGUAGUAGUUAAUUUAACUUCAGAAAUAUUUUCUAAACAUGAAAUAUUAAGACAAUAUGGAAUUUUAGAGGAUAUAAAAAUUUUUUAUAAAGCUUACUGUGCCGAAAAUUCUUUAACUUUUAGUAGCUUUACAAAAUUAUAUGCUGAACAUAAUAUGAGUGUACUUUUUUUGGGAAAAUUUGCAGCAUAUGAAUUAGUAGAAACAUCUGAAUAUAUGCUUCAAUAUGCUAUUGAAUUUACAGUUCCAUUAGUUGAUGAUAAUCAAAAACCAUAUUUACCACUUUCUGAAGAUGAAAUUGAUCGUAGUAAGGAUAACGAUCCAGAAAGAUUGAAACGAAUUAUUUUUGGUAUUUAUCUUUGCUAUAUGUUUUAUAAUAGUCAACCAUCACAAUAUGUAUGUAAUAUUCAUGUACAAGUAAGACAACUUCAAGAAAUUCAAAGACUAAUGAAAGAAGUUUUAUUGAAAAAUAAUCAAUAUGAAGCUAUGUAUUGUCUUUAUUGUCUAAUACAACAUGAUGCUUUUACAAUAGUUCCAUUUGGAAAUGAUUAUACAUUUAAAUUACCUUCAAGUAGAACAUUACCCAAUGAUGGAUCAGAAAGACUCCCAUCAAUUAAAAAUUUUGAUCUUGUUACUUCAAGUGGCAGCUUAUCUGCAUAUAAAAAAGAAACAAAUUUUAAGUACAUGCAAACGUGUCACGAAAAAUAUCAAGAAAUGAAAGAAAGGUUUAAUAUGAAUAGAAUUUCUAUGGUAAAAGAAUCUCCAAAUGAAAUUUUGGAUAAUGUAGAAAGAAGGUCAAAAAAUCAAUCCAACUCUUUGGAUGACUCUUCAAAAAAGGAAAAAACAAAGUAA